UAACGAGAAGUUUUGGCUCUGAUACAAACAGUGAUGGAAAACAUAUGAGCACUAACAAGCCUUAAUCUCGCUCCUCAGUACUAAAAUGGGAUAAUCUGGAGGAGCCGUUUACUCCAGCAUCACCCAGGGUGCCAGCUGCACCGGGAGCGCGUGGGGCAGGCUCUCCACAACCCCUUCUCAUCUUCUCUCCUCCAGAGAACCGGACAACACUGACAUUCUCUUGACCUUCACCCCGGUGUGGACUGAAUAACGACGCUGUCAAGGACUGUUGUAGCCUGACGAGGUCAGGCACCUGCUCUGAGGAGACAUGAAGGAAUAUGUGCUUCUCCUGCUGCUGGCCUUGGGCUCUGCCAAGCCCCCCUCCAGCCCUUCUUAUCUGACCCUAAAGAAUAUGAUGCUCAAAGACAUGGUGGACGCGGAGGACGAUGACGACGACGACGACGACGAUGACGAGAAUUCUCUCUUUCCCACACGGCAGCCCCUGAUGCCCUUCUUUCCUUUUGACCUGUUUCCAUCAUGCCCCUUUGGAUGCCAGUGCUACUCGAGGGUGGUCCACUGCUCUGACCUAGGUUUGACAGCGAUCCCAAACAACAUCCCAUUCGAUACAAGACUGAUAGACCUUCAAAACAAUAAAAUCAAGGAGAUCAAAGAGAAUGACUUUAAAGGACUCACUUCCCUCUAUGGCCUCAUGUUAAACAACAAUAAAUUAACCAAGAUCCACCCCAAGGCCUUUCUGCCCGUCAAGAAGCUUCGAAGGCUGUACUUGUCCCACAACCUGCUCACCGAGAUUCCUAUAAACCUUCCCAAGUCACUAGCAGAGCUGAGGAUUCACGACAACAAAGUAAAGAAAAUACAAAAGGAGACAUUCAAAGGGAUGAACACUUUACAUGUCUUGGAAAUGAGCGCCAAUCCUCUGGAAAACGAGGGAAUAGACCCAGCGGCCUUUGAAGGUGUCACUGUCUUUCACAUCAGAAUUGCCAACGCAAAGCUGACUUCCAUCCCCAAAGGCCUCCCAUCAUCUCUACUGGAGCUUCAUUUAGAUGACAACAAAAUUUCCACUGUGGAACUUGAAGAUUUUAAGCAGUACAAAGACCUACAAAGGCUGGGCCUCGGAAACAACAAGAUCAAAGACAUUGAGAAUGGAAGUCUUGCAAACAUUCCACACGUACGAGAAAUCCAUUUGGAAAAGAACAAGCUGAAAAAAGUUCCCCCCGGAUUACAGGACCUGAAAUACCUUCAGGUGAUCUUCCUCCAUUACAACAAUAUCACCAAAGUUGGAAUCAAUGACUUCUGUCCCACGGUAACAAAGAAGAAGAAAUCCUUAUAUAGCGCCAUAAGUCUAUUCAAUAAUCCCAUGAAAUACUGGGAAGUCCAGCCAGCCACCUUCCGGUGUGUCCUAAGCCGAAUGAGCGUCCAGCUUGGGAACUUCAGAAAGUAGUGCUUAGGAAGGAACCCACUGACCCGAAAGGCCUCUACAGGGCUGCUUUCAGGAUACUUGAAGUCUGUUAAGGUUGGACAACUCUCACCCCCGGUUAGUCUUUGAUUUGGAUGUUGCAAAUACGGCACACAAUUUGACAGUUCCUUCCUUCAUUUACUUGGCAAAAAUGAUGGCAGAAUUUUACAAAAAUAUUGGCACACACUAGCAGUUAGGGGGACACAAAUAUCCAUCUUAGCUUCUGUUUGCAGAGAUCUUGUCAAAUGACACGCUUCAAAAUUUCUUUUUUUCUUUUAACUAAAAAUGCAAGAUAACAGGCAAAGACUUUGCCCUUAUGACUUUUUACUAACCAUUUUUUUUUUUUUUUUUAGUUUUUAGGCAAUUGGGGUUAAGUGACUUGCCCAGGGUCACACAGCUAGGA